GAACUAACAUGCUAUUUGCCAGUCUGUAGAUGUUGUUGGAGAAUUUACAGACAAUGAAUACCUGCUUCUAGUUCUAAUACCAAAUAUGAGAUGCGAAUCUAGAAAGGAAAGCAAGGACUUGUCUGCAGCUCAGCAAUAUACACUCAGGAAGAUUAAAUGCCCACAAUGAUUUAAUUUUAAUAACAGGAAGCUGUGAGAUAUCACAGUGUCCAGGAAUAUUCAGCAUCACAGCGUAAAAAGCUCCCCUGCUGCAUCAAAUAAGGCUCGGCUGGAGUUUGAGCAAAUCUGGUCACAUGUUUAGUGUAUGUACAGGCACAGAUCAGACUGGCUGUGUGCUGGAAAGCCGCGUUGGAAACCAUCAAGACUCCGAGGCGAAAGGAACUUUGGAGUGUAUUAAAAAGGCAGAUCAGAUUUUAGUUCAACAGCACAAACAGAUUACAAGGAUUUAAAGGGGGGGGGGGCUGAUCUCUCUUAAAAGGAUAUCUACAAUCAUUUGAUGCUCUCAAGACUGCAAGUAUUAUUGAAGAAUCAUAGGAAAAAUAUGUUCACAUUUUUCCCUGUGACAUGGAUCUAAUGUGCUACAAAGAUGUGGAAACCAAGGAUGUGACCUCCCGUUGUCUGCUUUUGUUAUAAUUAGCAGUUAAACUGUUCUGUGACUGUUGUGAGUACAAAUACCUGCCCUCUCAUUCAAACUGAGAGACGGAGGAGGAUUACAUUAUUGCUUUGUGCCAGGAUUUUUAGACUGAUGUGCAUGUUGCCGUUGGAGAUGAGGGAACAGCAGUUUGAAAGAGUUUUUAAGGAGAAGACAGAUCCACCUAUGGUUUUGGAGUAACAGAUUUAUUUGCAAUAGUUGAGAUUAUAGGCAGAGGCAGUAAUGGAUUUGUGUGCAUUACACAACUGCCCUAGCCUAAAUAAAUUGUGUAUUCUGGAUUCAAAAACUGGCAAGACACUUUGGAUAAAAAAAUGUGACUUCUUGGAGUCUCUUAUGUAUAAAGGGCUGUGAGAGGGAAAAAAAAUCAUCAUGAUCAUGUAUGGAGUGAUGCUGCUCAACUCCAGCAGUGCUACAGAAGCCCAGAUCAUGCUACAGACCAACACUCCUUACCUGAGCAGCACCCAAAGACCUGUCAGCUCUUCAGCCUUCUACAUGUCCACGGCCAGGGUGCUCAAGGAAGGGGAGAUAAACAAACCUGACCUAAUGACUUACAUUGUCCUCUUUGUCCUCCUUUUUCUGUCAGUGACUCUGAUUGUCCUUUUCAUUAACUGUCAGCUGAGAAAUUCCUUCUUUGCAGGUUUCCCCUAUGACAGAUCCCUAAGGGAAGCCAGGAGCCCCUGGAAAACACAGUCUGUCUGAAGGGACCAGCAUAGGCAGCAUCUGAGAUGUAUUUCUUAAUUCACUUUUUAUAGCUAUACAAACUAAGGCAAGCUAGGAUUUGUUUCAUAUAUCACCACUGUUUGAAUGUCAUUUUAUUGUGAUGUUCAGAAAAUUAUUCAUUUGUGCCACAGAGGAUACUAAGCUGUCAAGGGAUGAUGUGGAUUGAGCAAUUUUUAGGAAAGGUUUAUAACCUUAUAUUCUGUAUAUUAUGUAUAAUGUGACGCUGACGUCCAUGCAUUUAUCUCAAUUUAUAUUAUUCAUAAACUCAGAAAUAUUCACAGAUUGCUGUCAGAAGAGGCAGAAGUGACAUUUUAGGAAUGACUACUGAAUGCUUAGGAGGGUUUGACAUCUACUUUUUGCCUGUCUUUUCUAUAUACAGGAAUAUUUAAUGUAACUGAUAUUUUAUGUGUUUUCUCUGGACAAUAAUAACUCUUAGUGCCUGGAUCCCUUACAUUCUAUAGACAUAGAUCCAUUCCCUGAUAAAGUCAUUUUGAUUUUAUUAAAGAAAUGUAAUACAGCACAAUGCUCUUCCGAAUGCAGAGAUCAAGCACCUUCAUUCCGUUUGAUAUGGUGACUUUUCCAGAAUUAAACACAGCUUUGCCAGAAUCAAAUGUUUUGAUCAAAGGCAUUCAAAAAUCUUUGAUUCCUUUAGCAUAUUCCAGGUUAUUGUUGUUCAGAAAAAGUAUAUUUUUCUUUAUUUUUUUGUGCAACAAUAUUUGCUGCUUAAAUACAUUAACCACUGCAGAUUUGAUUUACUAAGUAUUUAGUAAGUCACAGUCUGGUUUUUUUUAAAUCUUAAUAUUUAUAAUCACAUUUAUUUCAAGGGUUUAAAAUAAAAAUGUUGUAUAAACGUACAUGUGAUUAAUGAGGAUACGCUGAGAUUUAGCAGUAUUAUUAGUCAUCAUCUGCUUCUUUUAAUGUAGGUAGGGUAUUAGAAACCUUCUAAUAGCAGAACAAAUAUGUAAAUAAAAAUAAUAUAUCAGUUAUGCUGAUACAUAAUUACGCAAUUCAUCCAAACAUUUAAAAAAUAUUGGGCGUAAUUCAUGUUGAAACAGUAUUAUAAAGCUGAUGCACUAACAUGUAUUUGUAGGAUCUAACAACUUAUCUUCGAUACAUCUGUCAGUUACAAAUAAUAAAAAAAAAAAUGAAAACCA